UGCGUCGAUUUGUUUUUGUUGAAUACGUACCAAAAUUUAUUUACUAAUUUUGUUAUAUUUCAUAAAUAAAAUAAUUCAAUAAUUUCUUCAUAAUCUCACAAUGGGAGUACCAGCAUUCUUUCGAUGGCUCAGUCGAAAAUAUCCAAGUGUUAUUGUAGAAUGUAUUGAACAGAGGCCAACCGACGUAGAUGGCGAACUGGUUUACGUGGACUCGUCGUUACCGAAUCCUAAUGGACUCGAGUUUGACAAUUUAUACUUGGACAUGAAUGGUAUCAUCCAUCCAUGUACUCAUCCAGAAGACAAGCCGCCACCCAAGGACGAGGAUGAGAUGAUGGUCGCUAUUUUCGAAUGCAUCGACCGCCUGUUCCGCAUCGUCAGACCCAGGAAAUUGUUGUACAUGGCUAUUGAUGGUGUGGCUCCCCGUGCAAAGAUGAAUCAACAGAGAUCUAGAAGAUUUAGGGCUUCAAAGGAGACACAAGAAAAGAUCGAAGAAAUAGCUCGCAUUCGAUCAGAACUCCAAAGCAAGGGGGCUUAUUUGCCUCCUGAGAGGCCAAAAGAGGCUCACUUUGACUCAAAUUGUAUCACACCUGGCACUCCAUUCAUGGACCGACUGAGCAAGUGUCUUCAUUAUUAUAUUCAUGAAAGAUUAAACAGUGAUCCUGGAUGGAAGGGAAUCAAGGUGAUACUAUCAGAUGCCAAUGUUCCUGGUGAAGGAGAACACAAAAUCAUGGAUUAUAUCAGGAGGCAAAGAGCUCAGCCUGACCAUGACCCAAACACUCAGCAUGUCUUGUGUGGGGCGGACGCUGACUUGAUCAUGUUGGGGCUGGCCACACACGAGCCCAACUUCACAAUUAUUCGAGAGGAGUUUAAGCCCAACAAACCCCGACCCUGUGACGUCUGUGGACAGCUAGGUCACGAGAUGAAGGAGUGUACGGGCAGCACGCCGGACGCGGCGCUGGUGCGGGCUGACCCCGCCUUCGGCAACCAAGACAGCUUCAUCUUCGUGCGCCUGCCCGUGCUGCGAGAGUACCUGGAGAAGGAGCUGAUGAUGCCGAACCUGCCGUUUCCGUACGACUUCGAGCGCGCGCUGGACGACUGGGUAUUCAUGUGCUUCUUCGUGGGUAACGACUUCCUCCCCCACCUGCCCAGCCUCGAGAUCCGGGAGGGGGCAGUGGACAGGCUCGUCAACUUGUACAAGAAGUGCGUUUAUAAGACUAGAGGCUGGAUAACGGACUCCGGGGAGGUGAACCUGGACCGCGUGCAGGUGAUCAUGGACGAGCUGGGCCGCAUGGAGGACGAGAUCUUCAAGCGCCGCCACUCCAACGAGGUCAGCUUCAAGGCGCGCGAGCGGGCCAAAAAGCAGCAGAAGGUCAACUUCGGCCUGCUAAACAACACGCAGUUCGCGCCCAUGCCGCUCGGAGGCGGGUCUCGCGCCAUGUCGAACGUGCGGCAAGAGGCCGCCGACAUUCGCGUCGCCGGCAUGCAGGCGACAGCCGCUCAAGAGGCGGAGGCGCGAGGCGGGCGCAAGCGGUCGGCGGCGGCGGCGGGGCUGGACGAGGAGGACGCGCACGACGAGGUGCGCCUGUGGGAGGACGGGUUCAAGGAGCGGUACUACGAGAGCAAGUUCGAGGUCGCCCGGGACAACCUCGAGUUCAGGUACCGCGUGGCGCUGCAGUACGUGCGCGGGCUGUGCUGGGUGCUGCGCUACUACUACCAGGGCUGCGCCAGCUGGAAGUGGUACUUCCCCUACCACUACGCACCCUUCGCCUCCGACUUCGUCAACAUCAGCGGCCUGCAGACCGACUUCGAGAAGGGCACGCAGCCGUUCCGUCCUCUGGAGCAGCUGAUGGGCGUGUUCCCGGCGGCGUCGGCGCAGCACGUGCCGCAGCCCUGGGCCAAGCUCAUGAGCGACCCGUUUUCGCCGAUAAUAGACUUCUACCCGAUCGACUUCAAGAUCGACCUGAACGGCAAGAAGUUCGCGUGGCAGGGCGUCGCGCUGCUGCCCUUCGUCGACGAGAACAGACUGUUCAAGGCGCUCGAGCCCUACUACAAGGACCUGUCGCAGGCCGAGAAGCAGCGCAACAUCCGCGGCCACGACCGGCUGUACGUGUCGCCGGGCAACGCGAGCUACGACGCGCUGGCGGCGCUGUACAGCGGCGAGGAGGGCGGGGCGCGCGCCGACACGGCCUACCCCUACCGUGCGGACGGCGUGCGCGGCGACGUGCUCGCCAGCGCCGACUGCGUGCGACCCGGCGGCACGCUGCCCUGCCCGGUGGCGGGCCUGGCGCCGGUGCGCGACAACCGCGCGGUGUGCGUGCGGUUCGUGGACCCGCAGUACGACGAGAACUUCGUGUUCCCGGCGCGGCGGCUGGAGGGCGCGCGCGACCCGCCCCGCGUGCUCAAACCCGGCGACCUCUCGCAGCAGGAGAACCGCAACUGGAGGCCACAGAUCGGUAUGGUGCGAUCGCACACGGUGGCGUCGCUGGAGCUGGCGGGUCACCGCAUGCUGGGCCACUCCCUGCCCCGCGACCGCGACCGACAGUACGGCAACGUGCCGCCGCCGCAGCCCCAGCACCACCAGCACCAACAGAACUACCAGCAGCAGAAUUAUCAGCACCAGCGCGCGCACACGUUCGGUCCGCAGCGCAGCGGCUACGUUCCGUACCAGGGCGGGCCUGGGCAGGGCUACCACCAGGGUCCGCCGCAGGGUCACCAGCAGGGCCAUCAGCAGGGCUACCACAGCCAGGGCUACCGCUCGGGCGGCGACCGCCGCGACAACCGCUACGACCCGCGCGGCCAGGGCUACUCCAGCAGGCAGGGCGGCCAGGGGUACGGUGGUCACGGCGGCUCGCGCAGACCCCAGGAUGACCAACACGGGGGCCACGGCGGGCGCAGGCCUCACGACGACCAGCAGCAGGGCUACGGCGGGCCGCGCAGGCCGAACUCUGGCAGCCGUCACCCCGGCUCCACGUGGCGGUGAGGCGGCGGGGCGGGGGAGAGAAAGAGCACUACAGACUCGAUGAUAUGCACUAUAGAAUAGAAUAAUAGACACCAUCAGGUAUUUCGCGCAGUUGACAACCCUGAUAGAGCUGCUGCUCGCCUAUAUAAAUUCCAAUUGACUUUUUACGGCCGUUCCUAAUAUUUGAUCUAUCUCUGGUUUUGCCCUACUAGAGAUAG